GCCAGCAGAACUCCACCGCCAGAGCUCUUGUUGCUAUUAGUAGGUGCCCGAUCUUGACGGAAAACGGCGUAAUUACUGAAGAGCUGACUUAACACAGUGUUAUCGUUGAGCCAAGUUUCCGUCAACGAGUAGAUGUCAUAGCAACCGUCACUGCAUGCAAUCGCGUACAUCGCUAACGAGGUGUUGACUCCGCCAAGGUUUUGAUAGUACACGAGAAGGUCAGAUGAAUUGUAGACAUUGGCAACGUCGAGAAUAGAAGCUUUUCGAAUAAUCUGCAUAUAUUUAAAUAUUUCUAAAGUCUAAAGUCUAAUAAAAUAACUACAGAAAUAUAUUAUGGAUAAAAAAGCAUUUUCUCCUACGUUUCCACGUUGGCCGGAACAUUGUUUGUAGAGGGUUGUAUUAACUUUAUAGUUAGGGAAGGGAAUGGAGAACGCACAAGUGAAUUCAGGGAAAUGAAGCGGGCAAAAUAAUAGCCGUAAUAGCCGUAAUAGCAAUAAUAACUUCUAAGGAAGACAUAUAACAUAAUAACAUAAUAUUAAGAUCGCAGCUACUUAAGCUAUCACGAUCUGACAUAUUUGUUUCCAGUUCCGACACUCGCAAAGUACACUACCGAUACGCAGGAACUGGCGAGGAUCCAACGGAAUAUUCUGUGUUUUAAUAAUAUCCGUACUAUUCUUGUAAUAACGAGAAAAAUCAGAUAUGGGGUACCAAGAAAAUAAGUCACGGAGUCCUCGCUAAACACCCAUGUCAAGAACCCCCGAGUAUGUUCUGGGAAUCCUAAGAGAUGGCACGAAAUCGGAAUUGAUAACACAAUCAUCUAACACGGUGAGAGCAGAAUAUCUCCCAAGAAUACUAUUUCUGCACAGCUAUUAGUGUCGAACAUGCUCUCUCUCGCAAGAUAACAAUCACUCUGGCACAAUUAGUGAUAAAAGAAAUCCCCCCUGCGUCUCGAAUGAUUGAUAUAAAAUGAAUUCAACUCAUACAGCCAGUAUCAUUUACCAUCACGGAGACAGUCCAACCAUGCAUUCAGCAGUAGCCAUCGUGUUGUUCUUGGCAGUGGUUCAGGUUCGAACGGAUCCUCCAACGGGCUGCGUCUACAUCGAAAACGUUGCCUACCGGCGAUUCCUGUUUCCCGGUAACUAUCACAAUCUCUACAACCGGAAUGUCAACUACGAUAACUGGGAACGACUGUCGAAAAGCAGCAAAAACUGGAGUUUGGAAAGCUUCGAGAAAGCUUUCCUAAUUCACUCGACGGAAAUAGAACUCGCGCCAAUGUAUCUCUAUGCACAGAAAAGCUUGCAGCUUGAUAAGGAUAGGGGUCAGGUGUUCACCUCGGCCAUGUUCUACAACCCGCGGUCGUUGCAGUGGAAGAUUGACAAACUGCGAAACGGGUAUUACACGAUUAGAAACGAGGAAUCGAAAGAGUACCUGUAUGCGGCGGAAAGGAAGUACGAUGUUAGCUACGGAUGUCAGCAGGACGGCAACAAUCAAAGCGCCAUCUACUGCUGGACCAUUGGGACGGUUUGCACGUGGAAGGGAAAAACCUCACCCGAGCUGGGAUUCGAAUUUCAAUGGGCCAUUACCAGUUGCUGACCUACAUAUAUAUGCUCAUUCUAGUGUCCAUCCGCAUUCGUGCGUUAUCCGGCAAUGAUCAUUCAUCAUACGAUAAUUAAAUCCGGCUAUAAUUAUUUUAUUAUUAGAAAUGCGAAACCACUCCUAUAUUAAUUUUCUGCAGGAAAUCAUUAUUUAUGAAAUAAAAAAGAUGAAUAAAACCCACACAUAUACACACACGGACACAC